CGCGCGGACCCAUCAGGUGUGAGGAAAGGUGUGUGUGGCCUGUAUGAGUGUGUGAGGACAGCAGGCAUGAAUACUUACUUCACGAACCCGUGCCAUUUAAACGGCGCUCAAGAGGUUCUGCCCAGCGUCACGCUCAGCUCGACGAACUACGACCCGGCGCGACACUUCCCGCCGUACGGCGCCGCGGCGGGCCACAACCGGAUGUACUCCAACCCGUUCUAUCCGACGCAAGAUAACGUGAUGUUCGGGUCCGGCCGAGGGGCGUACGAGUACGGGUCAAGCGUGUUCUUCCAGGACAAGGACGCGCUUCCGAGCUGCAGACAGGCGACGACCCAGGACUACCCUUCAGACCAGAGCAAGACUCUCUCUCACGAACCCAAAGGAGCCGUUCAGAUAUACCCGUGGAUGCAGCGCAUGAACUCGCACAGCGGAGUUGGCUUUGGGUCUGACAGACGGCGCGGUCGCCAGAUCUAUUCUCGAUACCAGACGUUGGAGCUGGAGAAGGAGUUCCACUACAACCGGUACCUGACGCGGCGCCGGCGGAUAGAGAUCGCGGGCGCGUUGUGUCUCUCGGAGCGCCAGAUUAAAAUUUGGUUUCAGAACCGGCGCAUGAAGUGGAAGAAGGAGAGCAACCUCGCGUCCGGCCUCAACGACAGCGGCUCGGGAGCCGGGCGGGACACCGACAGAGAAGACGGAGAAGACGACGGGGACGCGGCGAGAAAGAGAGCGCGCGACUGACGGCGACUUAGACGCGACGCGCGCCUCUGCGUUUCCGCGAGCAGAUUUUUCUGUCUUGAUUUGCUCCUCGGGUGUUUUAGAUGUCUUAUUUAUUCGGGAAGCGCGUUUAAGAGCCCGUGGAUGUGUUUUAAUAAAGUUAAGGGAAGCGUCGGAUUUCACUCUAGAAUAAUUUAUCGUGCGUGAACCGUGAAACGGAUGGGUUGUAAAUGUGUGU